AUGUGGUGGUCGACAGUACUCUUAGUCGGGUCUGCUUUGGCUCAGUCUUCACAGCCUUUGAGCAUACAAUUGACUGCUUCUUGGCCGGCGGCUCCUCUGGUGUUGGAGAUUCUCGAAACAAUCUACGACGAAUCCCCUUCUUCUUACUUUCCCCUCCUUCGUCACCUCACUUCCCUUCCGCCAGAUCUGUCCGACCGUGAUCUCCUCUCUGCUGCCAAAGAAAUGAUCCUUUUCCAUGAUCUCUUACCGGAAACAAGUUGGGGCACGUUCGACCUGGCUCUCACCCUCCAUACGGCUUCUCCCAAGAUCGAAGCGUUUUAUACUUGGUAUGAAGCCAAUGUGGUAGGCGAGACUCCUGAGAUUUUAUUACCUUUUGAUCACAUCUCUGCUCCGACUGGGCUGUCUCAAGCUAUAUUCUACUUUGAUCCCUCCUCUCCCUCCUCAUCUCCUUUACUCGGUUACCUCGAUCAUCACGCUUCACAAUAUCCUUCUUUCCGUUAUGUCGUCAGGUACGCACCCCCUAAGAAUCGACAUGAAGGACCUAAAACCCAGUUGAGUGGGUACGGUGUGGAGAUGGUGUUGAAGAAAACGGAUUAUCUCGUAGUAGACGAUCGCACGUCUAGGGGCAAAACACAGGCUCAUUCGAAGUCGACUCAAGGGACUUCAAGCGCGAACCAUAGCAGAAUGUUCGAGAUCUUGGGUGAUGAUCCUUGGGAUCAGUGGGCAGAGCCGUUGACCAAGUCUGAAGUGCAAAACCUCGGCUUACAAGCAUCGGCCCUUAUCAUGUCUUCAGAGGACAAGUUAGACGCGUUACUCCAUCUCUCUCAAGACUUUCCCAAAUACUCCGCCGCCAUCGCUCGAAACAUUGACAUCCCACAGAAUCUGGCUGCUAGACGUGAACAUCUACUUACUCGUGGUCCAGCCUCUCCUACCCUCGUCAUCAACGGUCGCAACUUCAAAAGCUCCGAUAUGAACGCAUUUUCCCUUCUCAAUACAAUCCGCGCAGAAAGGCAUCACAUUCUCUCAUUGUCCUCAUUGGGUCUUACCCCCAAACAAGCGUUCGAAUUACUGGCAGAUCCUCUCAUCGGUCAGUCUCAAACUUCCGAUGACCCGACCGAGGGUAUGGUAGAUGCUAGUGACAGGGAUGAAGGUGGAAAAGCUAUCACGUGGUGGAACAAUAUCGAGAGAGACAAAAGAUAUUCCUCCUGGCCUAAACAGAUGCAAGGUUAUCUUCGUCCUCUCUACCCUGGUCAAUUUCACUCCAUCCGACGUAACACUUUCAAUCUGGUCUUCGUGCUUGACCUAGCGUCUGUCCCGUCUUUGGAUAUCAUCGCCGCCAGUAUAAGCGGGAUGAUUCAGAGAGGUGUGCCGGUCAGAUUCGGAAUUGUGCCUAUGGUGUCGCCUGAACAAGAGGAUAUCUCAAUGCAAAUGGCACGCGUCUUUCUAUACGCCGUCAAGACUUUCGGCCGUGGAGUAACUCGUGAUAUGCUAAACGAAAUUCUCAAAGCUUCUCCCAGUUCACCUGCCAAUCCAGCUACUGUGCGCUUGGAAGUUGUCGAGAGGGUGUACAACUGGGCAGCUAUGCAGAGCGACAAAGAAUCACUUCCCUUUUCGCAAGUAUUGGAAUCUCACGAAUUCGAUCCUCAAUUCAAAGCUUUGCAGACCUACACCGAAAGAGUUGCUGCUCUCAAAGAAGAUGCUCCUUCAGGACACCUGUUCUUGAAUGGCAAACAUAUUCCACUGAACGGGCAUUGGGCAACGGCUGUACAAAGUGAAAUACAAACUCAAUUGGCUUUCUUACAAGAAUCUAUCAUCAAUAAAGUCCCUAUGGAAGAUGUCGCCAACUUCUUUUACGACCUACCUAUGACUGCCAAAAGGAGAAACAAGCUCAUUGUCCCUACUCAGAUUGACAAUAAGCUCAGGGCUCACAAUCUUCUGGACGUCUUCAAACACGACAGCAUGAAUGUCCUAACCACCAACUUUGUCUAUGCGGAUGAUUACAAUCAGGCACCCAUUACCAUCUGGAUCAUAGCGGAUCUAGACUCCUCAGCUGGUCGACGAACAGUAAUGGACGCGUUGGAAAGCUUACAACUCCCCUCGAAUCUCGCACGUAUAGGAUUCGUCCACGUCCCUUCUGACGUCUCCGCCACCAACGGGGCCCGACUAUCGACUCUGAUAUACAAGCUCAUGUCGUCUUCGAUAUUGAACGAAGUGCAACCUUCGCAACUUCUCGAUGUGAUACAAUCACUUGAGAAAGGUGACUCGGUGGAAUGGAAAGAAGGAACUCCAUUACACGCUUUCUCCUCGUCCGGAUGGUCAGCUGCGGAUGAUAUUGCAGCUGCGCGAUUCUGGGAGGUCGGUUCGACUAUCGGGGCUGAGUUGAAAAUACGCUCGUCUCAUCCUCAUUUGCUCAUCAAUGGCCGGCUGGUGGGUCCCAUCACACCGAGGAGCUUUGGUGUAGCAGACUUUCAACCAUUGGCGACGUUCGAAUAUCGCAAGCGUGUUCAACCUGUGGUAGCUCUGGUGGCUACAAUGUACGAGAACAUCAAUUCCUUUGAUAGGACUACACUGGCAGGUAUGAUCGCCACUAUGACAAGUAUCGUCUCUGCGGCAUAUAUCCCACCUGGUAGCGAUGGGAUUUUCACCCCUGCCCCUGCGCCACGGUCAAAAUGGUACGAACAAUUGGACGAUGGAGAUAUGUCGUUCUCGGUGGGUAGGAAAGACACUGCACUUGUACAUGUAGCAGCUGUUGUGGACCCUAUUUCUGAGGCAGCGCAAAGAUUCGCCCCCAUACUCAAGAUGUUGUCUCAGAUGGACCAUGUUGCAGUCAGCGUGUAUCUCGAGCCUGAUCUCACAAGUACCGAUUUGAAGCUCAAACGAUUCUAUCGAUCAUCUCUAUCCCCUUAUCCAUUGUUCGACGUUGACGGAAAAUCUAUCGCUCCAGGAUUAACAUUCACAGAUCUUCCCACUUCUCCAAUCUAUACCCUGGGACUCGAUCUUCCCCCAUCUUUCAUAGUAUCCCCCAAAACAUCUCCAGUAGAUCUAGAUAACAUUUUACUUUCAACAUUACACGAUCCAACUACAGUUCAAUUCGAACUGAAACAAUUGGUCAUUGAAGGUCAUGCUAGAGAAACGACCAACACUCCCCCUCGUGGUCUUCAAUUACAAUUAAUAGCAAAUGAAAAAGAAGUAUCAGACACGUUAGUUAUGAUCAACGUCGGUUACCUUCAGUUUAAAGUUACUCCUGGAGUUUACGAUCUUGAUAUAAGACCUGGAAGGGGACAAGAAGUUUACGAGUUGGAAAGUGUGGGAAAUGAGGGAUGGGAUAGUAAAAGUGUCAAUGAGACUGGUAGAAGAGUGACAGUGACGAGUUUUGAAGGUAUGACGAUUUUACCGAGGUUCGUUAGGAAGAAGGGAAUGGAACAGGCGGAUGUUUUACAGGAAUCAGAGAUUGUCCAACCUGAUUCGAUGGGCAAGGCUGUGUUUUCUAGGAUGAAAGAACUCGUGGGAAUUAAACCGGAAGAGACCAAACCAACUACCCGGCAUGCAGAUAUCAACAUCUUCACAGUAGCUUCUGGGCUUUUAUAUGAACGAUUCGCAUCCAUCAUGAUUCUGAGUGUUAUGAGACAUACUCAAAGUUCGGUCAAAUUCUGGUUCAUCGAAAACUUCCUUUCUCCCACUUUCCUAGAAUUCUUACCUCAUCUAGCGGAAGAAUAUAAAUUUCAGUAUGAACUUGUCACGUAUAAAUGGCCAAGUUGGCUUCGAGAGCAAACGGAAAAACAACGGAUUAUUUGGGCUUAUAAGAUUUUGUUUUUGGAUGUACUGUUUCCCAUGGAUUUGGACAAAGUCAUUUUUGUUGAUGCGGACCAAAUCGUCCGAGUAGACAUGAAAGAACUCGUCGAUGUGGACCUACACGGCCGUGUGUAUGGCUAUGCACCUAUGGGUGAUGACCGGGAGGAAAUGGAAGGGUUCCGAUUUUGGAAAAAAGGUUAUUGGAGGGACGCCCUACGAGGAAGACCUUACCACAUCAGCGCUCUCUACGUCAUUGAUCUGAAACGGUUCCGACAGCUUGCAACAGGAGACCGUCUUCGAAGUCAAUAUCAUACAUUAUCCGCUGACCCUAAUUCAUUAGCCAACUUAGAUCAAGAUCUACCCAACUCGAUGCAGGAUCAAAUACCUAUUUACACCUUGGACCAAGAUUGGUUAUGGUGUCAAACAUGGUGCAGCGAUGAAUCUCUUGCGCGAGCCAAAACAAUCGAUUUAUGUCAGAACCCGCUUACGAAAGAACCGAAGCUUGUCAGAGCCCGUCAGAUCCCCGAAUGGGACGAAUAUGAUCGAGAGAUCGCUGCUCUUGCAGCCCGGAUCCAAGGUGGUUCAGGGUUGGCGGGAAGUGUGGAUGAUUUGGCCGGGGAGAAAGGUCGUGAAUCUGAGUCAGAACCAGUGACUGGGGCAUUAUCCGUAGAAGAGCAUGAAGAGGGAGAUAAGGAAGAAGAAGAGAGGGAGGCGAAAGAAGUGGGAGAAAAAGUACGAAGGAUAGAUGACGAAUUGUGAUCUCAGUAUUUCAUGCACGCAUUAUU